AAGAAUGCAUUUCCUACAGCAGUGAAAGGCUGCGUGCUUGAAGGAUUGCUCUAGACCCAAACUUACCUAACUCUGGAGUUAGCAUCAUAAACAAAAUGAGAAAAGGGAAUUCCUUGGAAGACUCGGUUUUUCAUUUUGAAAGUCAGAGCAGCUUCCGAAAGUCAAGUAAUGACCCUCCUCCAGUCAGCCCUACAGAAAGUUCUGGAUCAGUGUUUAUAAGUUCAGAUGGAGAAAAUGGAACAGAUGAAAGAAGAAAGCCAGGAAAAUCACCUACUCUGUUGCUGCAUACUCCUACUGGUGAAGUGGAACAUUUUGAUGACCGGAAGAAAGUUGAUGUUGCUAGAACAAAAAGCAGUUCAGACAGUCCACUCCUGACAACAGAUCUCAAGAAUGAUUCCAAGAUUGAAAGGAAAAAACGUGUCUCAAAUCAGCUGAAGGCAAAUGCACACUUUCAUAAGCUGUUUCUGGAUGUUCCCAUUGAUGAGCCACUGAAACAAAGUUUUACCUGUGCUCUGCAGAAAGAAAUUCUGUACCAAGGAAAGUUAUUCCUUUCUGAAAACUGGAUUUGCUUCCAUUCCAAGGUUUUUGGUAAAGACACUAAGAUUAGCAUACCUGUGCUCUCAGUGACACUUCUGAAGAAAACCAAAACUGCCCUUCUUGUGCCAAAUGCUCUGAUCAUAGCAACAGUCACAGACAGAUACAUGUUUGUCUCCCUGCUCUCCAGAGAUACCACCUACAAGCUAUUAAAAUCUAUCUGUAGACAUCUUGGGGAUACAAGUAUGGGCAACAGUUCCAAUCCAUCUUCUGCUGAAAACAGCUUCAGGGCUGAUCGUCCUACAACUCUGACCCUGGAUUUCAAUGAGGACUAUUCUGAUCUGGAUAGAAUAGUGCAGCAACGAAGACAAGAGAUGGAGGAGUCCAGUAGCACAGGCUCACAGACCCCAGAGCUUGAAUGCUUUCAAGAUUAUCAUGUCGUCGAGACACAGACUCACUUGAAAGUUUCAAAGCCCGAAGCAAAGUCUGCCCGUUCAGAUGCCCACAGUAAACACGUACCCGAAGGAAAAGCCAGAAACAGUCUUCGAAAUGCAGGUCAUUCUGAAGCUUUCAGAUUCUUCCACAAAAUAAAGUCCCAGAAGCUCUUAUCACUGAACCACAUACUUAUAUUUUAUGCAGUUCUUGUCUGUGUUUUAAUAUUUUCUACCUUCUACAUGAGAUACAAAAUCAAUGUCCUGGAGGAACGUCUUAUUUCCAUCACAUCCUUUGAUUCACAUGUUAAAGACCAUCCAGUGCGCCAAGGUUUGGGAUCUCAUCUGCAAAUUAAUGCUGAUGCCCUCUGUGAUGAAUUAACUGCCAAUCUUAUAAAAUUGGAAAAGAUACAGAACAACUUACAAAAACUACUUGAAGACGGUGAAUGAAAUGUUUAUGUUCUUGGACUGCUUGAGCCUUCAUUCGUUUCGCUUGACAAACAGUUCUAAAGGAGCUCCGCUGGCCAGAGUUCAAACUUCUUUAAUUUCAGUCCAAGCCAAGGUUAAACUACUGUAAAGCUUAUGUCACAAUACAGAAAGUCAUUCUAUUCUUGAGCAAAUACAUGCAUCUGUAUGUUUUGAAAAUAAGAGUUUUUUUCCUUCUCUAUUCUGUGUGAAGCAAUUGAUGAAUUUUACAGCUUGUUUGAUUUUAGACUUCCUUAUACCAGUGCAAACCCAGUGCAACUCCUCUUACCUCAGCAUUUAUUUUCUGUCUAUUGUCACGUAAGUAUGAAUGGGAAGAAUUUCAGUUAUAAUUCAUGUUCUGAAGUGUUGUGUGAAUGAGCUCGUAUCUGACUUGCAGCUGUGGCUAUGAAUCAGUGCUGUGCUCUUUUUCUUUCUUCCCUUGCAUCCCAAAGAUCAAAAAACAGACAGCUCUGGAUUUGAUUUUAUGAAGUUCUGGAUGUUUGAUGUGUGCUCAGGCUCUAAGGUGCUGUAAAUAGGCUCAAUUCCACAUUGCAUCAAUGCUGAGGGUAAGGUCUAUUUCUACCAGGCAUUAAUUUUACAUCAAAGUAAAGCUUGAAAUAUGUAUGGACUUGCCAACUUACAAUCAAGUUGCUUAUGAACAGCAGUAUGGGUGUGACAAGUCUGCACAACUUGGAAAAAACGAUGAUUUUUCUGUCCACACAUGAAGUCUCUGUCCAUUAAGUUAAUCAACAUGAAGACCUCAGUCACCUUUCCUUGUGGUUGCAUGGAGUCUUGGUUGUCUGAACAAGUGCAAUUCAUGUUCCAGUUGAUAGAAGUCUUGUCUUGGCAUGUGACUCCAGGGAUGGGAUGUUUCUUCAUAAUAGAAACUGACAAAUUAGUAAAGCAGCAAUAAAAAUAAUUCCAGUAGACUGAAUGAAGAAGUGAACAUUUGCUUUGUCAUAUCAUUAUUUUUUUCAGUGUCCUAAGAUGGGAUAACUGUUUUUUUAGCUUUCUGAUUCAUCAAGCAGGCUGGUUGGUUUUGAAAAAGCAAUACUUAAAAUAAUAACAACUAGCAUAUGUAAAGUAACAAUAUUGUUUAUAUAUGCUAUGCAUUUUAUGACCAUUUCUGUGAAAUGUACCUUACUUUGUUUAAAUAAAUUUUUU